UUCAGACGGUUUGUCGUCUGCUCAGGCUGUUGUGUGAAAUGUCGUCUGUGUCAAAAUGAGUGUAUUUUAUUGUCUUAAUCCCUAUUUCAUCAUGUCGUUUAAGCAUAUGAACGUUCUUAAACCUACUGUUGUUUGUUAUUUCGCGUUUUUAGUGCCUAGAGUUUUAUCGGCGUCAGCUUAUCACGGCUUCAGACAGCCUGUAUAUUCGACAAAGACUCCGUAUCAAUGGCUUCUUGACAAUCGCGAAGAGAAUAGCUCCAUAGAAUUUGGAAAUACUUCGGCUGAAGGAUGUAUUCCAAUACAUGUGAACUUUUUAGUACGUCACGGUGCAAGAGAACCUGGGGCCAAAGAUGUGAAGAAAUUUUCAGCCUUGGGAUUAAAGGUGAAAAAGGAGCUGGAGGCUAGUAAAGAACACACAUUUUUGCCUUUGAUGAACUGGAUAAACCGUUUUGAAGGCAACGACAAGGAGCUGGUUGAGAUAGGUCGUGAUGAACAAUUUGAGCUGGGCAGUAGACUGGGGAAACGCUUCAAAGAUGUGCUGGCGAAAUUUAAUGCCGAAGGUAUACAAUUUAUUGUAUCAAGUAAGAGUCGCACCAAAGACAGUGCUGUGGCCUUCUAUCACGGAAUCAUGCCACAGCUAGGACAGGACUUGACAUCUGAUGAGGGAAUGGUUAUUUCACUGUCUGACGAAACAUUAAGAUUUUUUGACAAUUGUGAUAAGUAUGUGAAAGAUGUAGACAACAAUGAUGGAGCACUUAAAGAGUUCUUGAAAUUUCUUGAGAGUGAUGCCAUGACCAAUAUUGCAAAAAACGUGUCAAACAGAUUGGAAAUGAGGGAUGUGCCAAUUACAACAGCUGAGGUGAGAACCAUGUUCUACUUGUGCUGUAUAGAGACAGCCUUCUACAACAGCUCAGGCUGGUGCAGUGGCCUGGAGGAGCAUGAUCUACCUGUCCUGGAAUACCUGAUGGAUCUAAAGCACUAUUGGAAGAAAGCGUAUGGUUAUGACAUCAACUAUCUUCAGAGCUGCCCACUUACCGCAGACAUCUUUGGUUCAAUUAAGGAAGCUGUUCAGAAAUAUAAAGAAGGAAAGCAGUAUAUAACAGGUGUGUUUCGGUUUGGCCAUGCCGAAACCAUUCUACCCCUGUAUGCAAUAUUGGGGUUAUAUAAAGAUGAGCAACCUCUACUAGCAGACAACUAUCUGCAGCAUAAAAACAGGAAAUUUCUCUCUAGUCUUAUUUGCCCGUUCUCUGCUAAUAUUGGGUUUAUCAUAUAUGACUGUCAGUUAGAAAGCCAGGGAAAUGACAGGUUUGCUGUGUCUGUUUUAGUUAAUGAAGUGCCUAUACAUCUUCCAGGCUGUGAAAAAAUCCUCUGUCCACUGUCUAAAUUUCAGCAGCUUUAUUCUCACAUUUCCAGCUGCAAUUUCUCUGAUAUUUGCUUUAAUGAUAUUUCGGAAACUUCCAGAGAUGAACUGUGAUGUGCAACGCGUAGACAAACACCCACAUAGCAUUCCUGGGGCCUGUUGUACAAAGCUUUAACAAUUCUGUGUCAGGCGCAUUUACAAUGGUGAGCUAUCUCUUCACUGUAUGUUGUCAUGGAAAUUGCGCCAGGCGCAGUUUGCGAGUGCUUCGUAGGACAGGCCCCAGAAAGGUAGGCAAGGUUACAUGAGAUAGCAUGCUUUUAUGAAACAAAUAUAUCUUUGCCAACCUGCUGCUUUUCACUGUGAAUGACAAGAAGAAACAGUAGAAAAGGUCAGGACUUAUGUCAGAAAAUAUCUUGUAAAGGCCUGUUAUCUCGCAUGAGGUCCACCUAACUGGAAUGCUAAUAUAACUUACUGUUUAGGUUUGCUGAUGAUUUUAAGUGGUUUAGUUAAUUUGAACUGGCAUUGCUAUUGUUAGUAUGUUUUACUUUUUAUCUUUACUGAUACCCUGGUUUUCUUUAAUACAGUAAUAUUUUAUAAAUUUGCUAUGAGAAGAGAUUAGUGCUGUGCUUUUAAGGACAUAUGGGUAUGGUAAAAUAAAUAUGUAAAUGUUAUUUGUGCAUGCACAUGGUUAUGUAUCAUUAGAUUAUGUAUCAUUUAGAUAUAUAUGGGUGUAAUUUGUUCUUGUCUUGCCAGGUCAUUUUCUUACAUUGAUCUGACUAUUCAUAUAGUCUGUUAUUUUUAUUAUACAUGUAGCUGUCAUUAGUACAAUUCAUUUCUUUAACUUAGGCAAUGCAGCAUUGCCAUGACAGUUUUAUAGGUUAAAAAAUAUAUUUCAUAUUUAUUCAUGUCAUCAGUGUUAUCAUUUUAGAGUGCUUCCGGUAGAGUUAGCCAUACAAUGCAUUGUCAUACAAUUUAAAAGCUGUACUUACUCCUUUUGUACUUAUCACGUACCUCAUUAUAUGUACAUAUAUUUACAUGUAUUUUCUCUGUGUAUUUCAGCUGACUCUCUUGACAUUGUUGAAACUUUUACAUUUAUCAAGUUGAUACUUAACUUUCCUCAGGUGCUUCCAGGCAGUUUAGUGCUUAUUUUUGUUCUUUUGUGUUGUUAUUGCUCUCAUAAGUAUCAUUUGUUUUUAAUUUUAAGCUUACUGUUAUAUAUUUUGGCCAUAUUAUGAGGAGGUAGUGAGAAUACAUUUGCAUGCAUCAAUGUUAAGAGUAUGUUACAUGCACGUGCAGUUUGGUGAUGCAGUAGUCGUGUGAUCAAUAAUCAGUCAGUCAUGUUCUCAGCUUUGGUGCUAUUGACUAUGUUCUGUCAGUUAUGAAACAGUGACAUUUUAAACACCCUUCAUGUCAUAAAUUUAUGACUUCCCUGUCUGUACAUGUACUUUGAAACAAUUUAGUCAUAUGUCUACUAGAUGUGAAUAGCUGGACGUCUGCUUCCGCGUCGUUUUUGCAAGACUGUUUUUCCUUUAUAGUCAUAGUGAUAGCAGUGAUGUACUUUUGUAUCUUAUAACUGUGAAUACACUGAAAUAUUAAUUAUAUUUGGUUUUAAAAUGGAUGAUGGCAGUGAUGUACCUUUGUAUCUUAAAACUGUGAUACACUAAAAUAUUAUCAUAGUUUGUCUUAAAAUACUUUUAAAAUGCAUAUUGUUUUAAAAACCCUGAUAAGAAAUGGUUUGUACACAUUUUAUGUAAUGCAAAAUCCUGCUUCCAAGCAUCUUUUCUUCUAAAUGAUACGAGGUAAACACAAGUCUGUGUGCAUGAAGCCCUCUUAAUGUUACGAGUAUAUUCAUGUAAUUGCCAUGGCUGUGUAGUGCUGGUUGUCAUGGUAGUUAAGUGGCACUAAUGUUACUUUGUGCUAAACAAUCCAAAAUGGUAUAAAAAUAAAACAAGAAUAUCCACUUUCAUUAAUUUUGUCUGAUCUUGAUGUUUUAAUGAUUUUUCUGUUUUUCAAGGCUAAAAGAUUGUGUAAAUAUGUCUUAAUAAAAAACUUUACUAGGAUAGUCCACAUUACCCGCAUUUUUAUUUCGCCCAUAACACAGCCAUUUUAAAUAGGUAUGGCUUAAGUGUAAUUCUUCAACCAUUUCACAUGUUUGCAAUGUGUUUAUUAAGGCAUAUUCUGAGGGCAUUUGUCUGUGUAGACUGAUAAAAUUAUACUUUAUCCUGUGAAGUCCUCACCAAUGUAGGUUUUUGUUCAAAAUUAAAUGAA